ACUUUUUCUGUUUUUCUCAGAUUUACAAAUGAGAGUCAACAAGAGCAUGGUGAAUAGCUUCCUGCUACUGGGAUUCUCUGAUCUGCCAGGUCUGGAGGGUUUGUUCUUCUCCAUUUUCCUAAGCAUCUAUGUUUUGACCCUGAUUGGGAACAUCCUCAUAAUAGCUGUCACACUGGCUAACCAGGCACUCCACAGCCCUAUGUAUUUCUUUCUCAGAAACUUGUCCUAUCUAGAGAUCUGCUGCACAUCAGUCAUUAUUCCCAAGAUGCUUGAAAACCUCCUAUCAAAGGACAAAACUAUUUCAUUUGUUGGUUGUGCCUUUCAAAUGUGUGGCUUCCUCAUCACAGGGGCAGCAGAGUGCUUCCUCUUGGCUGCCAUGGCAUAUGACCGCUAUGUUGCCAUUUGCCGGCCCCUGCAUUACACCCUGAUUAUGAGCAGUAGAGUGUGUUUUGUGCUGGUUGCAGCUUCGUGGCGAGCUGCCAUUCCAGUGCAACUCGGGCAGACUUUCCUGGUGUUCACUUCUUAUUUCUGUGACUCCAAAGAAAUUAACCACUUCUUCUGUGACUUCCCUGCUGUGGUCAAACUUGUAUGUGGAGAUACAUCUAUAAAUGAGAAGAUGGCUCUGGUAGCUUUACUUGGACUAAUACCCUUUGCAUUGAUCUUCAUGUCAUACAUGUGCAUUGCCUCCACCAUUUUCAAGAUGUCAUCUGUGGAAGGGAGGCAAAAGGCCUUCUCAACAUGCUCCUCACAUCUCAUGGUAGUGAUGUUGUUUUAUGGCUCUGGAAUAACUGUGUAUUUGAAACCUAAAAGCCAUUUCCAUGACACAGACAAAAGCCUUUCACUCUUGUACACUGUCCUGCCACCUUUGUUAAAUCCUCUUAUUUACAGUUUGAGGAACAAGGAAGUCAGAGUUGCUCUCAGAAGU